UAGCACACAUUGUUCGUACUGGUUUGGGUCCAGAGAUGGUUGCAAUAUAUGGUUAUCUGAGUUACUGUUGCUUUCCAGUCAGCUUAUACCUAAUAAAUUGACUGGUGAGUGUAAAUCACUGAUUUAAAUUAUCUUAGAGCCUGUGCACACAGGUAGGUGCAAAGCAAACAUAGUUAUGUGUGAGUGCAGGCCACACAUGGGUUCACCUUUUCCUCUGUGCAAUUGCCAACAUAAGUCUGCUACUGCCUAUCCCAGCAUACUCCCAUUGCUGCAUAGCAGUAAUGCAGUUUUUGGGUUUUGACAGAAAAGCAAUUUAUUCAUUUUCAAAGCUUGCCAAGUCUGAGCCAGUAUUUUCUAGGAAAAAUAUUGAAAAAAAAAAAAGUGAUAGGAAGUCAUACAGCACAUAAAGGAAAAUCAAGUGCAAGAGUUUAGAGAUGCACUGGGGUGAUAAAAGGAUGGAGGUAACUGCAGAGAAGAGAGCAAGAGGGGGAUUUAGCAUCACUCACAUGCUGCGCUCGAUCAUUCCCUCUUUUGUGCAGUGGACAAUGAGGGCCAGAGGUACGGGGGCUUAAAAAGGAUACGCGCACUGUCAUAGCCAACAAACCUGGAGAGGGACCAGCCAAAACCAGAGGUAUCAGUUUAAAAAAUGUACAAGUGUAAAGGAACGUAACUGAGUGUAUUUGCCAGGAAAAUAGAGUCUUUGAGGCCUUAAAGGGAAAAGGACAAAUCUGCUUUUGGAGAAGAGGAAAACCUACAAAGAUAUAGAAGACAUGAGCUGUUGAAUGUUUAGGAGGACAGUCUCUUGCCAGGCGUCUCCACAAUGCUGUAUACUUUAGCAGGAGGAGGCACCCUGUGCGGCGUGGCCGCCCUUGUGCUUCUCAUAGUUUCUACAGCGACGGACUUCUGGAUGCAGUAUCGAUACUCUGGUAGCUCGGCCAAUCAGGGGCUUUGGAGAUUCUGCAUCAACCACAAAUGCCACGCCCACACCAUCACUGUAGCCUUCUGGGAUGCCACACGGGCCUUCAUGCUGCUGGCAGUGCUGAGCUGUUUUGCUGGCGUGGUGCUUGGACUGAGCGCCUUCACUAACGGCACCAAGAACAGGAGAGUGCGCACAGGUGGCAUCGCCCUGGUCCUGUCAGGUUUUCUCGCUCUGCUGGCUUUGGCAAUUUACACCGGUGUGACUGUUACCUUCUUUGGCAAACGCUUCUUGGACUGGCGUUUUUCCUGGUCCUACAUCAUAGGCUGGGUUGCCAUUAUUUUGGCCUUUGCAGCAGGUGUGUUCCAGCUCUGUGCCUACCAGCGGACCACUGCAGAACCCGCUCCCUCCAAUAACCCAGAGAGCUGAACAGCAUUAACGCACUGCUCCGCUUGCAGGCUGUUGCUGCUUUCGAGUAUCUAGGAUGGAAUAAAUAAAUAUAGAUUCCUUUCUUUCUGGUUUCCCUGCAAUACAUAUGUGACACCAUAUGUUAAUACACCACUAAUUUUAGAGCUGCUUUCACUUAA